AUGUCAGAUUCAAACCUAUCGAAAAAUGACUUGGCAGAUAUUUGCCGUAGUCUAGGUAUAUCAUCAGAAGGAAAUAAAACAGACCUCGUUCAAAGAAUAAAAGAAUACCCACAGUAUGAGGGUUGCAGAGAAAAUGGUGAAAU